CACACACAUUCACACACACGGUCUGUCGGGUUCAUGUGCUGAGAAAAUCAGAGAACACGCACAGGAACGAAAGGAGGACUGUCUUUCUUUCUCUCUCUAAGGUGGACAGACAGACGAGUGAAGCAGGACUGGACAGAGAGACAGACACUGAGCUGGAAGAGAAGAGUGAGAUACAGUAAAGUAGAGACAUAGAGAGGUGGGGGGGAGAGAGAGAGAGAGAGGGAGACAGGUGAGUCUGUCUCUCUCUCUCGGCCAGAGCGAUUGUCACACUGGCCUCAGGAACAGCAAUGGCCUUCACCUUCGCCGCCUUCUGCUACAUGCUCACACUUGUUCUGUGUGCUGCUCUCAUCUUCUUUGUCAUUUGGCAGAUCAUCGCGUUUGAUGAACUGCGAACUGACUUUAAAAACCCUAUCGACCAGAGCAACCCAACCAGAGCGAGAGAGCGAAUCCUUAACAUCGAGAGGAUCUGUAAUUUACUCAGGAGGUUAGUGGUUCCAGAAUAUUCUAUCCAUGGUUUGUUCUGUCUGAUGUUCCUGUGUGCUGGUGAAUGGGUCACACUCGGUCUCAAUAUUCCCCUGCUCUUCUACCACAUGUGGAGGUUCUUUCAUCGGCCAGCUGAUGGAUCUGAGGUGAUGUAUGAUCCUGUCAGUGUGAUGAAUGCAGAUAUUCUUAAUUACUGCCAAAAAGAAUCAUGGUGCAAACUGGGCUUUUACCUGCUCUCCUUCUUCUACUACCUGUACAGCAUGGUUUACGCUCUGGUCAGCUUCUGAUCCAUGAAGAACAGACAAAAGGAGGAAGAAAAAAGAGAAAAAGAAUGCAUGAUGUUCUGUCCUCCUCCUCCUCAGCCAACAACAGGGACGCCUGGAGACCUGCUGAGACGCUGUGAGAGAGAGUCAGACAGACUGAAAAGAGAGAGAGAGAGAGAGAGAGAGAGAGAGAGGAAGCUCGAGCAGCAGUGAUGUUUUAUUAUCGAGUUUUAUUUCUUUAAGGGCUGCUGAACAUUUCUGCUGCUCUGAGCAACGUGGAGAAUUGCCUCCACUGCGAUGAGAUGUGAUCAUCACUGAUGAUCAUCUUCUGAUCUACAGACUUCAGAGUCAAUGCCAUAUGAUAUUGUUUUUUCAUUUGUUUAAUGAUUUCUGUUGUGCAGUGUUAGAUUAGCGCUAAUGCUUUUACUCUUUCAGUCCAGUGGUAGACUCGAUUUCCUUUAUUAUAAUAUCCAUUUAUUCUAGCACUCACUUGAUGUAUCUCAAUCCAGGGUAGGAACUGCUGGUUUCCUUACGCUGAGACCAACUGUACAAACCUUAUAUUAAUGCGAGUGAACAGAGAUGGAGAUGUUUACACCGAGAAACCAAUAAAACGAGAAAACUAUCCAGGCCGGGAAAACUGUUCAGAACAUCUGUGGGACUUCACUUCAAAGGAGAGACUGGAAACAUUCUGAAAAUCAAUGUAAACACACACACACACACACACACACACACACACACACACACACACACACCCACACACAUACACUGCUGUCAGCCUUAUAGAGAAAAGCCAACGCCUCCGUAUCACUGUGGAGACGCAGCAGGUCCUCUCAGACUCUCUGAGACCUUUGUGGGACAUUUCAUUUUGGACUGAGCUGGACUGAGAAACACAGAGACAGAUGGGAGAUGGUUUUAAACUGAGACAGAGUGGGAGUGAGAAACCUGAGCCACACGAUGAGACCGUGUUAAUAAUAUGCUCUGAGACAGACUGAGAAAUGCUGAGAGAGAUGGACCGAGAGACACAGAUGCGGUUGAAUGGAAUAAUGAGCAAAUCCCAAAACACUAGAGUUCAAUCCUGCUCAGGAGUCAUGGCAACACCCAAACAUAAAGUAAUUCAAGAACACUAGACAGAGUGUACAGGUUAAUUCUACUCAGACUCAUAGCUCUUUAAAUUAACUGCAGGACCAGCUAAUCAUGUGAUCCCUUCUAAUACCAUGUUCUCUUUACUAGUGAAUUCCAUUUUAUGCUGGUUCUCUCACUGACCCUGCACCACAGCCCCCCCAAUAGCCCCUACACCUCCACCCAUCCCUACCCCAAUAGCACCUACACCUCCACCCCUCCCUACCCCAAUAGCACCUACACCACCACCCAUCCCUACCCCAACGGCCCCUACACCACCACCCCUCCCUACCCCAACGGCCCCUACAUAUAUGAUGAUGAUGAUGAUGAUGAUGAUGAUGAUGAUGAGGAUGAUGGUGAUGGUGGUGAUGGUGAUGGUGAGGUGAUGAGGAUGAUGAUAAUGAUGUGAUGAUGGUGGUUAGGAUGAUGAUG